AAUAAAUCUGGAUGGGCCAAAAUUGCGGAACGUGUCUGGAAGAAGAUAAAGUAAACUACCAGAAAGAUAGGAAGACAGCAACCAAGAUAAGACCAACAGUAUCCUUUACAGAGAUAACUGGCUUUAAGAGCCAGUUUUAUGAUAAAAAUGAUAUGAGGAAUAUAGUGAGGAAUAGUGUUGGGGAAAUCAUGAAUGAAAAUUCAGACCUUGAAUUUGACCUUAGAUAUGAUGAUAACGUCCAGUUACUCAAGAAGUUGUGUGACUAUGUACUUCCUGAUAUUAAUGAAAUUAGAUUCAGGAAGCCACAAAAGAAGAUUAGCUUGGUGAAUAAAUUUUUAAAGUGCUCUUUCCCAGGAAAAGUAGAUGUGCUCACUCUUGAUACUUUUAAGAACAAAUCUAAUUAUGAUAUUGGAAAUGUCAUCAACAAUCUUGUGUUUAUAUCCCAAAAUGUAGCAGUGAGUCUUUGGCUGGGAAGAUUUUCAAUCCAUUGACAAGAUUUGAUAACGAUUCUAGAAUCAUUUCCUCAUCUGACUCAAAUAACCUUUCAUAAUUGAAACAUCUCGAAUAUUGAAGAGUGAGGUGUAGAUUUAAAGACUGAUAUAGUUUAUAACUAUAAACAUAUUAGCUUUCAAAAUUGAGGGAGUAGCAUUAAUAACGACGAUUUUGCCAUGUUCCUUGCGGGAGUAUCUGAAACCAACAUGAGAGAAACAAUAGAAGUAUUCAAUAUUAAUGGAUGAGAUGCUGAACGAGAAAGAGUUUUUAAGCAAAUUAAAGGGAAUCAGAUGAACGCAAGGCUAGAAACUUCACUUCUCUCUAAAACUGAAGGACAGAAGAGCUCUGCGCAGAAAAAUUAUAUCAAUAAAAAGGAAAUAUUCUCAUAA